UUGGGGGAUAAUUAUGUAAUUGUAGUGAGGGACCACAGGUGAGCUGAACAUUCUUGUUGUGCGGCUAAAAUCUCCCGCACGUUUCGGUUGUUGAAUCUGAUUUUCUUUAGGUCCUAACCAUCAAGCGUGUGGUAUUCUCACCUUUAAAUAUUGGCACGCAAAUAGUUGCACCGUACGGUAUUCUCACCAACCACCGUGCUAGCUCCUUUGACGGCCUGAGGAAUUACCAACCUAACCGGAAGAUCUGGACCGUUGUUUUCGAAUCGCACGCCUCUGCUGUUAUGUUGAACCUGCAGCAGAAGAAAAGCGAGGCUGAUGCUAUUCCAAUGGCCGCUCAAGAUGAUCCCAUGCUGCUUCCCACCCUCUCUCCCCCCAACACCUACCAAGCUGUCGUCAACGGCGGCACCUUUGACCGAUUGCACGAUGGCCACCGCCUCUUCCUCACCGCUUCAGCACAGUUGGCAAGGCACCGGAUUGUGAUCGGAGUUUGCGAUGGACCUAUGCUCGCAAAGAAGCAGUUUGCUGAACUGAUACAGCCUAUUGAGGAAAGGAUACACAAUGUUGAAACUUUCAUAAAGUCUAUCAAGCCAGAACUGGAAGUGCAAGCUGUACCAAUCACAGAUCCUUAUGGGCCUUCUAUCGUGGAUGCAGAUUUGGAGGCUGUGGUUGUAAGCAAAGAGACAGUACCCGGAGGAUUAGCAGUAAACAGGAAAAGAGCUGAAAGAGGCCUUUCACAGUUGAAGAUUGAAGUUGUAGAUUUGGUCUCUGGAGGUUCGGGUGAAGUUAAGCUGAGUUCAUCAAUGUUAAGGAAGCUUGAGGCUGAAAAAGUCAACCAGCAAAGCACAAUAUCACAGACUUAGAAACAAAGAAUUUGUUCAGCUUAUACAUAUAUUAUUUUUCAAACAUUGUUUACAUGAUUGCAACAUGCAAGUUGUUGUUUCAUCAGAGUUCAGAAAAUGGAGGAAACAUUUUAGGAGUGGGAAAAAUAGGGAGAAACUCGCAAAUCCUUGAGAAGGAAAAACUUUUCUCCCUGCAGAUAAUAUUUGUAUCAUUGAAUUUAUUUAAUGAAAUGUGACUAUAUAUUAUUUAAA